CUUUCAAAUUACCAUUGUGAAUCCAGGUAUCCAGAAAGAAAUCAAGAGCUAGCUAAGAAGAUGCAUUUCUCAGUAUUCAUCGUUUUUCAAAUUGUCCUGUUCAUUGGAUUCCAAUCCGUGCAAGCAGGAGAUGAAAAGAUGGAAAAGGUGAGAAAAGUCAUGUGUGAUGAUGAGUAUCAAGAUGUAAGAGAUGAAAUGCUGGAUUGUGCUGGAAAAGCGGAUCUCUCAAAGUAUGAAGAUUUAGUCAUGCCCUGUGCUGAUGGACUGGAAUCAAUGGAACCGGCUAAAAUGCGUGAAUUCUGGUGCUCCAAAUCGGAAGAAGAAAUCAAAGGGAUUCAGAACUGUGUUGAUGGCAAUGUCCAGCAAUCUGGAAAGGAAGACGAAAUCAAAAAGGAAGGAGAACCAAUAGCGCAAUGUCUCGAAGAGAAAUUCGGAUCAGAAAGAAGAAAGUGAAUAUUCUGCAAUCAAUAUAAUCUGGGUUUCCACUAGAAGCUGUAUUUUUGAUGACUCAUUACAAAUUUGGAUAAUGAAUAGUUUAUUGAAGAGUUUAUUUUUAUAAAGUAUUAAUAAAAAAUUCAAAAGCUUUGCAA